CCCGCCCCUUGGGGCAGGCUCCUGCCACCCCCGCAAUCAGUCAUAGUGGCUGAUCGGACCGGGGCAGGAUGCGAACGGAGCCGGGUCUGGUGUACAUGGUGACUGGUGGUUCCGGCUUCCUCGGCCGCCACCUGGUGCGCCUUCUGGCCGAACCUGAGCAGGACAUCGCAGAGAUCCGCGUGUUUGACCCGAAUGUGGACCCGGACCUGGGGUCUCUGAAUACCGAGAAGUUGCAGGUGAAAUUCAUCCAGGGGAAUAUUGUUGAUGCAGCAAGUGUACUGGAGGCAGCGAGGGGCGUGGACCUCAUCAUCCACACAGCAGGGCUUGUCGACGUGUGGAUGAAACACCCUUCCAAAAGGAUCUGGGCCGUGAACUACCAAGGGACACAGAAUGUCCUCGCUGCCUGCAAGGAACUGGGCAUCAGGUACCUACUGUACACCAGUAGUAUGGAGGUGGUGGGACCAAACAUGAAGGGGGACCAUUUCAUCAGGGGAAACGAGGACACCAACUACAGAAUCUACCACGAGGGUGCAUACGCGCAGAGCAAGGCGGCAGCAGAGAAGCUGGCUCUCAGUGCCAACGGGAUGAGGGUUGCAGGCGGGAAGACCCUAGUCACGUGCUCGCUCCGCCCCACAGGAAUCUACGGAGAGGGUAACCCCAUCAUGGCAAAGGUGUAUCAGAUGAUUAUGAGCUUCGGCGGCUGGAGGCUGCGGCUGGCAGGGAAGGGGGUGGAGCACGCGAGAGUUUACGUGGGCAACGUUGCGUGGAUGCACGUGCUGGCAGCCCGCGCCCUCCAGCAGACACCCGCCAUUGUGGGCGGUGAGGUCUACUUCUGCUAUGACGACUCGCCCUACCUGUGCUACGAGGAUUUCGACGCGCUGUUUCUGGGCCCGGUCGGAGUUCAGCUGAUCGGACGGACCCCUCUGCUUCCUUACUGGGCCCUGUAUCUGCUGGCACUGCUGGGCGAGGGUCUGCACUUCCUGAUGCGGCCACUGGCCAGGAAGGAGAUCAUCUUCAACCGCUACACCCUGGCCAUGAUCACCACCUCCUUCAGCGUGCACACCAACAAGGCCGCCCGUCACUUUGGUUACAGCCCACUGGUGCCCUGGGCACAGAGCUGGGUCCGAACCCUCGACUGGGUCCAAACCCUGGCAGGGACACAUGUCGGGUAGCCCCUCGCUCCACACCUCCCUGCGCUUUGGGUUCUGUCUUCUCCCUAAACCGGACUCUCCCGACGACAGUACAGCCCUUCACCCGUGAUGCAGCGCCAAGCUAAUUGGUUAAAGCAAGCGGACUGAACUAAACCCUUCCACCUGCACAAUGCCCCCUUCCCUCUGCUUAUCUAAGAGCCUCUAACACCUCUGACAUAUCUGGUUCCAACGCCUGCCCCAGCACCACAUUCCAAGCAGCCACCACACUGUGUGUAAAGAAGAACGUAUCACCUGCAUCUCCUUCAAACUUUCUCCCUUUUGCUUUAAAUGCACAUCCUCUAUUUCUUGACAUUUCUACCCUGGGGUAGAAAUACUGUCUUUCAUGUUCUUAUAAACCUCAAUCAGGUCUCCCCUCACCUUCUACCUAGAAAACAACCCUAGUCUUCCCCCCCCCCCCACCACCCCACUUGUAGCUCACGCUCUCUAAUCCAGGCAGCAUCCUAGUGAACAUCUUCUGCAUCCUCUCCAAAGCCCCCACACCCUCUCCAAAGCCCCCAUACCCUCUCCAAAGCCCCCACACACUCUCCAAAGCCCCCACACACUCUCCAAAGCCCCCACGCCUACCUGCAAUGGGACAACCAAUACUUUGGGUGCGGACUGACCAGUGUUAUACAGCUGUAAGUUAAAGUCCAACUCUUGAACUCAAGUGUCUCAACUGAUAAAAGCAAACAUGCCACACUUUAUUGCUUGGCAGCAUCACGGCCUGGUGUGGAAACACUAAUGCCCUUGAACGGAAAAUCCUACAAGAAGUAGUGGAUAUGGCCCAGUCCAUCACGGGUAAAGCCCUCCCCACCAUUGAGCACAUCUGCACAGAGCAUUGUCGCAGGAAAGCAGCAUCCAUCAUCAGUCAUAGUCAUAGUCAUAGUCAUACUUUAUUGAUCUUGGGGGAAAUUGGUUUUCCUUACAGUUGCACCAUAAAUAAUAAAUAGUAAUAGAACCAUAAAUAGUUAAAUAGUAAUAUGUAAAUUAUGCCAGUAAAUUAUGAAAUAAAUCCAGGACCAGGCUCAGGGUAUCUGACCCUCCACGGGAGGAGUUGUAAAGUUUGAUGGCCACAGGCAGGAAUGACUUCCUAUGACGCUCUGUGUUGCAUCUCGGUGGAAUGAGUCUCUGGCUGAAUGUACUCCUGUGCCCAACCAGUACAUUAUGUAGUGGAUGGGAGACAUUGUCCAAGAUGGCAUGAAACUUAGACAGCAUCCUCUUUUCAGACACCACCGUCAGAGAGUCCAGUUCCAUCCCCACAAUAUCACCAGCCUUACGGAUGAGUUUGUUGGUUCUGUUGGUGUCUACUACCCUCAGCCUGCUGCCCCAGCACACAACAGCAAACAUGAUAGCACUGGCCACCACAGACUCGUAGAACAUCCUCAGCAUCGUCUGGCAGAUGUUAAAGGACCUCAGUCUCCUCAGGAAAUAGAGACGGCUCUGACCCUUCUUGUGGACAGCCUCAGUGUUCUUUGACCAGUCCAGUUUAUUGUCAAUUCGUAUCCCCAGGUAUUUGUAAUCUGCCACCAUGUCCACACUGACCU